AUGCGGGAAGCAUACGCAAAAGACAUACCUCCGUAUCUCUGCAGAGUCCUCGAUGACUACCUUCACGAACGAAAACUCCAGUACAACUACGGUGGACCCGAAAAAAUAGAUGACAUUACAAGCGGUGUCCCACAGGGUUCGGUCCUUGGGCCAACCCUAUGGAACAUCUUAUACGACGGAUUACUGCGCGAAACCCUCCCGGCUGGAGUACAGUUCCUAGCGUACGCAGACGACCUGGCGCUCAUUGGGAAAAGUAAAUACACCUUUGAACUCGAAAGAAUGCUGUCCGCGGGCGCGGAGAUCGUGAGGAAUUGGUUGUCGAACAACGGCCUACAACUAGCAGUCAAAAAGUCCGAAGCGAUAAUCUUAACAAACACGAGAGUCCACAACGAAUUCACAAUGAUGCUUGGGGGCACACGCAUAAACGGCGCUAAGUGCAUAAAAUACCUUGGUAUAUACUUGGACACAAAACUGAAUUUUACAGAACACGCUAAUCACACAUGCACUAAAGCGUGGAAAGUAGCCAACAACCUCGCCAGAAUCCUGCCGAACAUAAGCGCAGCGAAACCUAAGAAGAGAAGGCUGCUCGCAAAUGUAGUACACUCAAUCAUCCUAUAUGGUUCUCCCAUCUGGGCUCCCAAGAUGAGUCAAAAAGGAAAAACCGAAUUAGGAAAGGUGCAAAGACGCAUAGCACUGAGAGUAGCAUCGGCUUACUGCACAGUUUCUUACAAUGCCAUAUAG